UUUCUAAUUUAGCCUAUCCAUCUUCCUCUCCCUCUUUUAUAGUCAUAGUCAAUCCUUUGAUCUCUAAAUUUUCAUUUACCAAAGCUGGGAUCAAACCCCACCAUGCCUCCUCAUCCUCACCACCACCACCACCACCACCACCAUGAUCAACCACCGCAACCAAAACGCAAUCCCAAGCUCCUAUCUUCAAUCCUCAAAGCCCUCAUAAUGACCUUCAUAACCUCAAUCUUCUUCCUCCUCCUCGGCUUCGUCGCCUUCCUCCUCUUCCUCAUCCUCUCCGCCGGCGCUCUCCACCGUCGCCGCACCCAAAUCGACCUCCCCUCAUCUGGGUUCUCCCCCAGACACUUCAAGACCCUCCCUCAGUUCCGCUUCCGAACCCAAAACCAAACGGCGUCGUCGUCCGACUGCGUCGUCUGCCUGGACGCGUUUCGGGAAGGCCAGUGGUGCCGGAAACUCCCUGCAUGUGGUCACCUGUUCCAUAGGAGGUGCCUCGACACGUGGCUCGUUAAGGUUUCGGUUUGUCCCAUUUGCCGGACACCUGUUCAAUUAGGGAACACCGCCUCCGCCGCCGGUGAAGAAGAAGAGGCAAAGCGCUUGUGGGAUUUUAAUAGGAACACUAAUUCAAGGGUUUGGUAGGAAAUAGGUAAACUUUUGUAUCAUACUUUGAAUCUGGUCUUGUUUGUUUUGUUUUGUUUGCUAAUGUAUAUUAGAUUGUUCAAAAGGUUUGUCAUUGUAUAUAUAUAUCUCAUUUCGUGGCAUUUUUUUUUUCCUGGAAUCAAA